UGAAAUGUUAUAUAUUAGAUGAAUAUAUAUGCCUUGCAUUUGUGAGCAGGCACAAAACACCAUGGCUUCUGUGUUGCAGCUCUUCUACAUACAAUUCUCCUUCGCUGUUAUCUGCUGUAUGGCGACAAAGCCAAGGGUACAGCCUUACAUUGUUUACAUGGGGAGUUCUUCGAGUUCAAGUGCAAGCGAUGACUCGUCCCAUCUGCAGCUGCUGUCAUCCUUGUUCCCGAGGGAAGAGGGUGAAAGAAGAUUCUUGUUGAACUCCUACAAUCAUGUUUUGAAGGGAUUCUCUGCUAUGCUUACAGAGACUGAAGCAUCUGUUUUAUCUGGUCGUGAUGAGGUUGUGUCGGUCUUCCCUGAUCCGGUCCUGAAACUCCACACGACGCGUUCCUGGGAUUUUCUUGAAGCUGCAGAUUCUAAUUCUGGAUCAAGUUUCCCUUAUGAGCAAAAGUCAGUUGAUGUUAUCAUUGGAAUCAUAGACACAGGUGUAUGGCCUGAGUCACCUAGUUUCAGUGACCAACAAAUUGGAAAGAUCCCAUCAAGGUGGAGAGGAGUGUGCAUGGAGGGUUCUGAUUUCAAGAAAUUCAACUGCAAUAGGAAGUUAAUAGGUGCAAGAUUCUACUCAAAUCAUCACUCCACAUACAAAUCAAAUGAGACGAACCCAACCACGGCCAGGGGCUCAGCGAGGGACUUCAUAGGACACGGGACACACACUGCAUCGACUGCAGGUGGAGCACCCGUUGCCAAUGCCAACUACUAUGGCCUUGCAUGGGGCACUGCCCGUGGGGGCCUCCCGUCUGCUAGGAUAGCCAGCUACAAGGCCUGCACCGAGGAUGGCUGCCCUGGCUCCAUCAUACUAAAAGCCAUUGAUGAUGCUGUCAAGGAUGGAGUUGACAUCAUCUCCAUCUCCAUCGGGCUGAGCUCCAUCUUCCAGUCCGAUUUCCUCAGCGACACCAUUGCAAUCGGAGCCUUUCACGCACAGCAGAAGGGCGUCAUGGUUGUUUCCUCAGGCGGGAACGAUGGCCCUGACCCUUACACCAUUGUCAACUCCGCUCCUUGGAUAUUCACCGUGGCUGCCUCCACCAUUGAUCGAGGCUUUCAGACCACGGUCGUGCUGGGAAACGGUGAAUCCCUAAAGGGCUUUGCAAUAAACUUCUCUCCCCUCACAUUAGGCAAGAAAUACCCCUUGGUGUUCGGAGAAGAUAUUGCUGGAAAUUUCGCCUCAGCAUCCGAUGCUAGGAACUGCAUACCGGGCUCUCUGGAUUACACCAAGGUAGCUGGGAAAAUCGUCGUGUGCAUGAACGACGAGGCCAACGUUUCAAGGAGGAUAAAGAAGCUAGUAGUGGAAGAUGCCAAAGCAAAAGGGGUGAUCAUAAUAGAUGGAGAUGAAGAGGAAACUUCCCCUUUUGAUGCAGGCACAUUUCCUUUUGCAGAAACUGGAGCAACAAUAGGCUCUCAAAUCCUCCACUACAUCAACUCCACUAAGAAUCCUAGUGCAACUAUACUUUCAGCUACAGAGAUGAAGGGGCUGAGGCCAGCCCCAGUUGUUGCAUCCUUCUCUUCGAGGGGCCCCGGGGGGCUCACCGAGAACAUCCUCAAGCCAGACAUCAUGGCACCCGGCGUGGCGAUUCUUGCAGCAACAGUGCCGAAAAUAGAAGCAAACUACGGUGCACCGGGGAAGAAACCAUCUGCAUUUGGCAUCAAGUCCGGCACCUCAAUGGCCUGCCCCCACGUCACAGGCGCCAUGGCCUUCAUCAAAUCCAUCCACCCCCACUGGAGCUUCUCCGCCAUCAAGUCCGCAUUGAUCACAACAGCAUCAACCUCGAACAACAUUGGAAAAACAGUGUCAAACACCUCAGACUCUCCUGCAAAUCCGCACCAAGUGGGAGCAGGGGAGAUAAGGCCGAUCAAAGCUCUGGACCCCGGCCUAGUAAUCGAGACGAGCAUCACCGAUCACCUCUACUUCCUCUGCUACAAGGGAUACAAGCAGCGGACGAUACGGUCGCUGAGCGGGACGGGCAACUUCAGCUGCCCGGCUGGAGGGGCCGCGGAGGAGCUGAUCUCGAGCCUCAACUACCCGACCAUCUCCAUCGGCAGCCUCAGCCGCCGAGACGGGCCAAGGAAGGUGAAGAGAGUGGCGACCAACGUGGGGUCGGAGAGCAACGCGACGUACGUGGCGUCGGUGGACGCGCCGGCGGGGCUGGUGGUGAAGGUGGCGCCGAGCAAGAUGGUGUUCCGGCAGGGCGUGGAGAAGGCGGCGUUCAAGCUUUUCUUCGAUGGGAGGCGAGCGGCCAAGGGCUACAAUUUUGGGCAUGUCUCGUGGUUUGAUGGAUCGCACCUUGUUCGAAUUGUAUUUGCAGUUAACGUUGUCUGAUCAUGCAUUUUUUUGACUUACAUAGUUGAUUUUUUAAAUUAUGUAAUUUUAAAUUGUAGAUUUAAAAGGUAUCAAUUCACAAUUUACAGUGGUUUUUGGCA